AUGCCUACGAAUCCCACGAUCCAAAUCCGCUACUCCACCGAACACGACGCCCCCACCCUCGGAGCCCUCAACAUCGCCAGCUUCAAGCACCAAGCCUACUGGGCCAACGUCUUCCCGCAACCCGACCCCUUCUCGGUCCUCCCUCUCAAACACGCCCGCGCCCUCGAGAAACUGACCGCCCCGGACACGCACGUCCUCUCGGCCGUGGACCUGGAAACUGAUCAAGAUGAAGUGGUCGGAUGGGCGCGGUGGACAUUCCCGGGCGAUGAGAACGGAACGGUAGAUGUGUCCCCACAGGCGAAGAGGAAGAUUGAAGAAGCGAGGGGGAUGUUGCCGGAGGGUGCCAAUCGGAGGAUCUAUGAGUUGUUUUUUGAGACGUUGAAGGUGAAGAGGGGGGUUUGGUUGGGGGAGGGGGAUUUGAUGCUCGAUUUCCUCGCCACGCACCCCUCCUCCCAAGGCAAAGGGAUCGGAACAAAGCUCCUGAAAUGGGGCAUGGAGUACGCUGAUGAGCGAGACGCGCGCAUAUACCUGGAAGCCACGAUGGAUGGAUACCCGCUUUACGUAAAGCACGGGUGGCGACAGGUCGAGGAACUAGUGUUGGACUUUGUGCCGUAUGGGGGGCACGGAACGGCGACCUAUAGUUUGAUGAUUCGGGAUAGGAAGUCGGAGAGGGAGACAACGUCAGUUUGA